UAGAUGGUAAUGUUACAUGAAAUCGUAGCUAAAACUUGUCGUCGUCUCUGCCACGUACUCAUUGUUUAUCUCUGUUCUCUGAAACACAUCACAUGAUGAGUUCAUCCGAUCUCUGUCUGCACUCCACACUCCACCACCAACUCCGUUCAAGUCUUUCUUCAAAACCCGAAUACUCACUUUAAAAUCCGACCCGGUUUUCACCUGCCUUCUCUCUCUCUCUAACCAAAUGAAGCGUGGCAAGAAGAACUCGGAUGCGGGUGAACCGGUGACCAACCCGGACACUCGAAUCGGGUCUAGCGAAGUGGAUACAGUGAAACCAAGUUUGAGCUCGAUGAAAUCGAUGGGUCUGCUUCUCGCUGUUCUUAUGGUUGCUUCUGUUAUGUUUUCUCUGUCGGUGGUACUCAGAGACCCGCCUUCUGAUGAUGCUGUGGAGAGUGUUGCAGCUUCCAGGGUUCUUCAGCUCAGAUUCCAUCAAGCUAAUGAAUCAGACGGUGAGGAAAGCGAGAAGAAGGAACAUCUUGUCCCUGGUUUGGAUAAAGAAUCAUGCUUGAGCAGGUAUGAGGCGAGUUUAUAUCGAAAGGAAUCGACUUUUAAGCAAUCUUCUUACCUGGAAGCUAGAUUCAAAAGAUACCAAGAUCUUCACAGACGGUGUGGACCGUUUACUAGCUCCUAUAACUCAACACUUGACAAACUCAAGUUGGGAGAUCGGUCUGAUUGGGGAGUCUCUGGUUGUAGCUAUGUGAUAUGGUUGAAUUCUGAUGGUGAGCUUGGAAGUAGGAUGCUUAGUCUAGCUUCAGCUUUUCUUUAUGCUCUCUUAACGAAAAGGGUUUUACUUGUUGAGCAAGGAGUUGAAAUGGCUGAUCUUUUCUGCGAGCCGUUUCCGCACACUUCUUGGUUUCUUCCCUCAGAGUUUCCGCUCAAUGAACAGUCUCUUCUUCGCCAUCUUGUUCUAGAUUCCACUGACCAACAAAAGCUUUUCUUUUGUGAGGAAGGUCAAGCUUUGUUGAAGGAAACACCGUGGCUGAUCCUGAAAGCAGAUAGUUAUUUUGUCCCAUCACUAUUCUCCAUCUCUUCAUUUGAGCAGGAACUUGAAAAGCUCUUCCCGGUUAAAGAAACGGUCUUUUACUUCUUGGGUCAGCAUCUCUUUCACCCAGCUAAUGUUGUCUGGGGUCUCAUCACACGAUACUACAGCGCUUAUCUUGCUAGAGCUGAUCAAAGAAUAGGAAUCCAUAUUGAAGUCUCUGGUACUACAAAUUUGGUAGAACAGAUUCUAGCUUGUGGAGUUAGGCAUGAGUUGCUUCCUGAAGUAGACAAAGAGAGACAUCUCCCUUCAAGCCAAGUUCUAAACCGAAAAUCAAAGGCCGUGUUCGUCUCAUCUUCUUCUCCAGGGUACUACUUUGAGAGUAUCAGGGACGUAUAUUGGGAAAACCCGACGGUGACGGGAGAGGUAAUAAGUGUUCACAGGCCUAGCCACAAGGAAUACCAAAAAACUCAGAGGAACAUGGAGAGCAGGAGAGCUUGGACUGAGAUUUACCUUCUAAGUUGUUCUGAUGUGCUGAUGGUCACAAGCCCAUGGUCCUCACUCGUGGAGGUAGCUCAUGGCCUUGGAGGGUUGAAGCCAUGGGUAUUGAACGAGACUGAUCAUGACUCUUUCUGUACGAGAGCAAGGUCAAUGGAGCCCUGUUCCCAGAAGCCAGGGUCCCAUGGCUGUAAAAUAUUAAGAGAUGAAUAGUCUUGUAAGGUCAAGAGUUUCUGAGUUUCUCAAUAGACAGGUCAGGAAUAUUAAGAAUUAUCUAAAUGUAUGAGUGCAUAACUUGAUCGAGUUCAAUAUUUUCUCUAACAUAUCUGUAAGUGUUCUUAUUCAUGUC